GAUUUCUUUUUAUCGGGUUGAUACCUUCUUUGGGCUACAUUCACAGCGACUGCUGACCUGUACUACCUUCUCAGUUCAGAUUUUGUACUGUUUGUAACAGUGUCAGUGAUAAUAAUAAAGUAUUAAAAUUACCAGUAGUUGAAUUGUGUGGGAUAUGGAUAACAAUUAGCAUUAAAUAAUGUAAUGAAUUAAUUAUAAUUUAAUAUUGGUAAUAAUAAUAAUCUUACCUGUACAUUUCCAUAACACUAUGGAUGUCACUGAGUGCACCUCUGCAGUUUGUGCUAUGCCUGUUUAAGGAGCUGUAGCUGUUUAGCUAGCCUACCACCAGCCCAUAAACAUAAACACACACAGCACACAUCUCUUUAAUUGUCAUAAGCCAGCAAACAGGAAUCUGUUACUGGUUUUCUUAGUGCGCCUGUGGUGUUUGAAAAUUAUUCGUUUGAACCUCCUCGAUCUUACCUAAAGCCAACCACUCCUACACAUCCAACUCUUCCAAAUUGAUAUAUGACAAUAUCUACUUUCGAUCACGUGUCUGCGGGGCGACUUAGACGGAUUGCGCGUCAUCUCGCCUUCCCAAAUUUUCCCCUUCUGCUGCAGCUCGUAUCCAAAACAUCUAUCUAUAGUACGGAGUACGAGAGAGCGAAAGAUGUUUAACUCGGUGAAUCUGGGCAACUUCUGCUCCCAGACGCGCAAAGACCGGACAUCCGAGUUUGGGGACAGGACGGGCUGCGCGUCCAACAUCUACCUCCCCAGCUGCACCUACUACGUCCCAGAGUUUUCUGCCGUGUCCUCGUUUCUUCCACAGGCCCCGUCCCGGCAAAUCACCUACCCUUAUUCCACAAAUCUGUCUCAAGUACAGCCGGUACGGGAAGUUUCAUACGGCUUGGACCCUGCUAGUAAAUGGCACCACAGAAGCAAUUAUGCAUCGUGCUACUCGGGAGAGGAUCUGGUGCAUAGGGACUGUCUUCCACCAUCCACCAUGACAGAAAUGCUUAUGAAGAACGAGAAUGUGUACAGCCACCACCACCACCAUCACACCCAUCCGGGCUCCAAUCACCCCUCCACAGGUUUUUACUCCGGCGUGGGGAAAAACAGCGUCCUCCCGCAAGGUUUCGACCGCUUUUUUGAGACCGCAUACUGCAGCAGCACGGACAAUCAGUCAGACAAUUGUUUACAAAAGGGCGAGGGGGGAAAGCUCGAAAGCGACUCCCAGCAGCAGCAGCAGCAGCAGCAACAGCAGCCCAUAGCCUCUGUACUCGGAGCCCCGGAGCAGGAAAAAGACCCAGAAGAUGAGGAGGAACAUACAAAUUCAGGCUCAUGCACUUCUUCCUCCGCAACAACCAAGGACGGCACCGCCAACAAGAGCAGCCACUCGAGCACUCCUCGCACAAGGAAGAAGAGGUGUCCAUAUUCCAAGUUUCAGAUUCGAGAGCUGGAGCGGGAAUUCUUCUUUAAUGUUUACAUCAACAAAGAGAAAAGGCUUCAGCUUUCCCGAAUGUUAAACCUCACCGACCGCCAGGUUAAAAUUUGGUUUCAGAAUAGAAGAAUGAAAGAGAAGAAGCUGAGCAGAGAUCGCCUCCAGUACUUCUCUGGAAACCCCCUAUUGUGAGCAGGAGCAGAAAGUGUCACAAUCUUGGUCAGUGACAUUAAGGCCUACUCUUAUCUCAUUGAAUUGUAAUCGUGGGCAUAACCAUUUUCUAAAGGAGCCCAUAUCACCAACAGUGCAAUGUUAAAGUGGACAAUGGGAGUAAUAGGCCUGCAUGGGAUGAAGUCGCCAUUUUCGUAUUGCCCCACGGGCGACGGUGAAUUUCUAGCUGGUCCCCAGAAAGGCCUUCAUGGUUAGAAUAAUCAUUUAUACCUAUGCUGUUCUUGAAUAUGUCUCUAUUUAUCACGAUUCUCCAUUGUGUUUAUUCUAUUGUUCAUAUAGACAUUCUUGUUGUUAAAAUAUCAAAUGUAACAACCAGUUUGAAUCCUUUUUGCGCUGACAACUUUUAGCUCUUCCCCGUUCCUCUGGUCUAUGUAUAUAGCAUAUCAUUAUCUAAUUAUUUCUCGACCAGAGAUAUGAACAAGUUAUAGCAAAUCUCCUGGCUACAUUUUUCGCCAUUAAGAACUCUGACGUCCAAUCUGUGAAGUAUAUCCCCCUGUACAGAGCAGCCUAUGCAAUGUGCAUUUGUGACUGUAAAUAGGCGUAUAUGUUGAAUUUCCUUUCCCCUAUCCCUGCUGCUAUUUUUCACUACACUGCCCAUACAACUUUAACAGCUUUAACGCCAACACUCGUUAAAUUAUUUGCUUAAAACAUUGGUGCUUUGGAUUCCAGAGAGGAGGAA